AUGAAGUGGCACGGCACCAGCGGCGUUACGCCCGCGCACCCGGGCUCUCGAGGACUUCCCGGGGCGCCCGUGAAGAGCCGCGAGGAGCCGCACGCCCGCGCAGGCCGUGCUCGCUCUCGGUACCACGUCCGUUUGACAGCAGGCCGGCACCUAGGAUGGGAGAGGGCCCCGACAGCCAGCACCUUCCCCGGACCGCCCGCUGCGGGGCAGAGCCAGGAGGGCUCAGCCGCAAGACCAUUUACAAAAUUGGUAAAGGAAAUGCAACUUCAUCGAGAUGAUUUUGAAAUUAUAAAAGUGAUUGGAAGAGGUGCAUUUGGUGAGGUUGCAGUUGUUAAAAUGAAGUGUACAGAACGCAUUUAUGCGAUGAAAAUUCUAAAUAAGUGGGAAAUGCUUAAAAGGGCAGAGACAGCUUGUUUCCGAGAAGAGAGAAAUGUUUUGGUGAAUGGAGAUUGUCAGUGGAUUACUACGUUGCACUAUGCCUUUCAAGAUGAGAACUAUUUGUAUCUAGUGAUGGACUACUAUGUUGGUGGUGACUUACUGACACUUCUCAGUAAGUUUGAAGACAAGCUUCCUGAAGAUAUGGCUAGGUUCUACAUUGGUGAAAUGGUGCUUGCUAUACAUUCCAUACAUGAGCUGCAUUAUGUGCACAGGGAUAUAAAGCCUGAUAAUGUUCUUUUGGACAUGAACGGCCACAUACGACUAGCAGACUUUGGGUCCUGUCUGAAAAUGAGUGAAGAUGGCACAGUGCAAUCGUCAGUAGCAGUGGGUACUCCUGACUACAUCUCUCCUGAGAUACUGCAAGCAAUGGAAGAUGGAAUGGGAAAAUACGGGCCUGAAUGUGACUGGUGGUCACUGGGUGUGUGCAUGUAUGAAAUGCUUUAUGGUGAAACACCCUUUUAUGCAGAGUCAUUAGUGGAAACCUAUGGGAAGAUUAUGAAUCAUGAAGAGCGAUUUCAGUUUCCAUCCCAUGUUACAGAUGUAUCUGAAGAAGCAAAAGAUCUUAUUCAGCGACUUAUCUGCAGUAGGGAACGUAGACUGGGACAGAAUGGAAUAGAGGAUUUUAAGUCUCAUGCGUUUUUUGAAGGACUUAAUUGGGAUAACAUCCGAAACCUAGAAGCACCUUAUAUUCCAGAUGUUAGCAGUCCUUCUGACACAUCAAACUUUGAUGUAGAUGAUGAUGUAUUAAGAAAUCCAGAAGUGGUGCCACCCAGUUCUCAUACAGGCUUUUCUGGAUUGCAUUUACCAUUCGUUGGUUUUACAUACACAACUGAUAGUUCUUUAUCCGAUAGAGGCUCUUUAAAGAGUGCAAUGCAGUCUGAUACUGUAACCAAAGAUAUGGAUGCACAACGUGAGUUAAAGAACAGUUCACAAAUAGAAGGUUAUGAAAAGAAAAUACGGAAAUUGGAACAAGAAAAGCAGGAUUUGAACAGAAAACUGCAAGAAUCUACACUGACAAUGCAGAACCUCCAAGGUCCAGUGUGUGUUACAGUAAAUACAAAUCGUGAUAAGGAAAUAAAAAAAUUAAAUGAAGAAAUUGAACGGUUGAAGAACAAAUUAACAGAUAUAAGUAAACUGGAAGGACAGCUUGCAGAUGCAGUGGCUUUUCGACAAGAACAUGAAGACUCUAUACACAAAUUAAAAGGACUGGAAAAGCAGUGCAGAGUACUGCGGCAAGAGAAGGAGGAUCUUCAUAAGCAACUUGUAGAAGCCUCAGAGAGACUAAAGACACAAUCCAAAGAACUGAGGGACGCCCAUCAACAAAGAAAGAUAGCUGUGCAGGAGUCCUCUGAGCUCAGUGAGAGGAUGGGAGACUUGCGCUCUCAAAAGCAGAAGCUCUCCCGGCAGCUUCGCGACAAAGAGGAGGAGGUAGAAGUGAGCAUGCAGAAAAUUGAUGCCAUGCGACAGGACAUCCGUAAAUCAGAGAAAAUCAGAAAAGAGUUGGAAGCCCGGCUGGAAGAAGUUGCAGCAGAAGCAUCAAAAGAACGCAAGCUUCGUGAGCACAGUGAGGUCUUCUCCAAACAGCUGGAAAAUGAACUGGAAGCUCUAAAGGUGAAGCAGGGGGGCCGGGCAGCAGGUGUCACACUAGAACAUCAGCAGGAGCUUUCCAAAAUGAAGUCUGAGCUGGAGAAGAAAAUCUUAUUUUACGAAGAGGAGUUGGUCCGACGAGAAGCAUCACAUGUCUUGGAAGUAAAAAAUGUAAAAAAAGAAGUACACGAUUCAGAGAGCCAUCAGCUUGCACUGCAGAAAGAGAUCAUGAUAUUAAAGGAUAAACUAGAGAAAGCAAAACGAGAGAGGCACAGUGAGAUGGAGGAAGCAGUAGGAACAAUGAAAGAGAAAUACGAACGUGAAAAAUCUAUGCUCUUGGAAGAUAACAAAAAGCUAACAACAGAAAAUGAGAGGCUUUGCUCCUUUGUGGAUAAGUUAACAGCACAGAACAGGCAACUAGAAGAUGAGCUCCAAGACCUAGCAGCAAAGAAGGAGUCUGUUGCUCACUGGGAAGCUCAGAUUGCAGAAAUUAUUCAAUGGGUAAGUGAUGAGAAAGAUGCUCGUGGCUAUCUCCAAGCAUUAGCUUCCAAGAUGACAGAAGAACUAGAAUCAUUGAGAAGUUCCAGUCUGGGGUCAAGAACACUGGAUCCACUUUGGAAAGUACGACGCAGUCAGAAGUUGGAUAUGUCAGCUAGGCUGGAAUUACAAUCUGCCCUUGAUGCAGAAAUUCGUGCCAAACAACUAGUUCAAGAAGAACUACGAAAAGUUAAAGAUGCAAACAUAUCUUUCGAAAGUAAAUUAAAGGAAUCAGAAGCAAAAAACAGGGAACUGUUGGAAGAAAUGGAAGAUCUGAAGAAAAAGCUGGAGGAAAAAUACAGAACUGAUACAGGUCUCAAACUUCCAGACUUUCAAGAUUCCAUUUUUGAAUAUUUCAACACCUCUCCUCUUGCACGUGAUCUGACUUUCAGAGAUUCUGUUUCUUCUUCGUCUACAUCUUCUCUGCUAGCCUUUUGGGAAGAAACCAGUUCUAUUAGUGAGCAGGAAGCACAGGGUCCCAAAUCAGAAGUUUCGCCAUCUACUUCGGUUAUACCUGCAGAGCAGCAACAAGAAGAACCAAUUCGGCUUCAGAGGAUGCCUGCUGCUCCUUCCCCCACCAUUCAGUCCAUUUCUCUAGCUGUACCAAAGCCUAAAGCUCACCAGCUCAAUAUCAAGUCAUUUACAAGCCCUACUCAGUGUAGUCAUUGCACCUCUCUUAUGGUGGGAUUAGUUCGACAAGGUUAUGCCUGUGACGUGUGUUCAUUUGCAUGCCAUGUUUCCUGCAAGGAUAGUGCUCCUCAAGUCUGUCCUAUACCCCCUGAGCAAGCCAAAAGGCCUCUUGGAGUAGAUGUGCAAAGAGGAAUAGGAACUGCCUAUAAAGGUUAUGUCAAGGUUCCAAAGCCUACAGGCGUUAAGAAAGGGUGGCAGAGAGCUUAUGCAGUUGUUUGUGACUGUAAACUCUUCUUAUAUGACGUGCCUGAAGGAAAAUCCACCCAGCCUGGAGUUGUUGCAAGUCAGGUCUUGGAUCUCAGAGAUGAAGAUUUUUGUGUGAGCUCGGUCCUGGCAUCAGAUGUAAUACAUGCAACUCGUAAAGAUGUUCCUUGUAUAUUCAGGGUGACAGCUUCUCUCUUAGGUUUGCCUUCCAAGUCUUGUUCUCUGCUGAUCCUGACAGAAAAUGAGAAUGAAAAGAGAAAGUGGGUUGGAAUUCUAGAAGGGUUGCAAUCUAUCCUGCACAAAAACAGGCUGAAAAACCAGGUUGUGCAUAUUCCACAAGAAGCCUAUGACAGUACGCUGCCUCUUAUUAAAGCAAGUUUAGCUGCUGCUAUUGUAGAUCGAGAUAGAAUAGCAAUUGGUUCAGAAGAAGGACUGUAUGUGAUAGAGGUGACCCGUGACGUGAUAGUCCGAGCUGCUGACUGUAAGAAGGUGUACCAGAUCGAGCUUGCUCCCAAAGAGAAAAUUAUCAUCCUCAUCUGUGGUCGGAAUCACCAUGUUCACCUCUACCCCUGGGCCUCUCUGGACGGAUCGGAAGGAAGCUUUGACAUAAAGCUUGCAGAAACUAAAGGUUGCCAACUGAUUACAACUGGAACGCUGAAGAAAAGUUCUUCAACUUGUUUGUUUGUGGCUGUGAAGCGACAGGUUUUUUGCUACGAAAUUCACAGAACUAAACCUUUCCACAAAAAAUUCAGCGAAAUUCAGGCUCCAGGGACUGUACAGUGGAUGACAGUGUUCAAGGACAAGCUUUGUGUUGGCUACCAGUCUGGGUUCUCUCUGUUGAACAUCCAGGGAGAUGGACAAUCUAUAAACCUGGUAAAUCCUAAUGACCCCUCGCUUAUGUUCCUCUCACAGCAGUCUUUUGAUGCCCUUUGUGCUGUGGAGCUCAGUAAUGAGGAAUACCUGCUUUGCUUCAGCCAUAUGGGAAUAUACGUCGAUUCACAAGGUCGAAGGUCACGCAUGCAGGAACUAAUGUGGCCUGCAACUCCUGUUGCCUGUAGUUGUAAUUCUUCAUAUGUAACAGUGUACAGCGAGUAUGGUGUUGAUGUAUUUGAGGUUAACACUAUGGAAUGGGUCCAGACUAUUGGCCUGCGAAGGAUCAGGCCAUUAAACAUGGAUGGCACACUAAAUCUCCUUAACUGUGAGCCACCAAGACUAAUAUAUUUCAAGAACAAGUUUGCAGCAGGAGCUGUCCUCAGUGUACCAGAAACAUCUGACAACAGCAAAAAGCAAAUGCUUCGAACUAGGAGCAAAAGAAGAUUUGUAUUUAAGGUUCCUGAGGAGGAGCGGUUACAGCAAAGGCGGGAAAUGCUUAGAGACCCUGAGCUAAGGUCAAAGAUGAUUUCUAACCCAACGAAUUUCAACCAUGUGGCUCAUAUGGGACCAGGAGAUGGAAUGCAGGUUCUCAUGGACCUUCCACUGAAUGAAUUUCCUUCCCCCUCAUCCUCUCGACACUCUGCUCUGAUAUCACCUCCAACAGGCUUUGAGCACGUCUAUCACAUGAGCCCUGUCUCUGCUGAAAUCUUUCUCCAGAGUGACCAUUCCUCACUGCAAGGCUCCCCUCUGCUUUCUUCCUCUUCCUGUCCCUCCUCUGCUUCCCUAGCAAGGAGUGUUUUACCUGCUGGCCAGGAUGAAAAACCAUGUCCCUCUACAGCUAACCUCUCACGACAGCAGCAGCAGCAGCAGAGAAACAAAACGUAUAUUUCCUGGCCCUCAUCAAGUGGCAGUGAUGUGGGAGGAGCCAUUCCUUCCCGAAGUAUGUCCGAUCCUGACCAGGAGUUUGACAAAGAGCCUGAUUCAGACUCCACCAAACACUCUACUCCAUCCAACAGCUCAAACCCAAGUGGUCCCCCAAGUCCCAACUCUCCUCAUAGGAAUCAGCUUACACUAGAUGGACUGGACCAAUCAACCUGUGACGCAUAACACUACAGCUCUCACCGUUCUGGCUUUGAUCAUCCGCUACUCCAUGGAGUAUUCAAGAGCAGGGCAACGCUGUCUCAGAUGCUAGUGCCAAGACUGACACUGAAUUGCUAGUGUUGUACAAGAAUAAUUAUAUAUCCAGAUUGUAGAUACAAACUAUUGAAAUGAAGAAAAAUCUUUACUAAAUAGCGAUCAAGCUUUUUAUGCAGAAUUGUUCACUGCUCAGUUAUGGUUGGUUCCUUUCUGCACAGCUGUGACACAGUUUUAUUGCAUAGGAGCAUUUAAGGCCACCGGUAAAUAGUCUUAUUCUUAUGCUGAAAAACAAAUAGAGAUACUGAUAAUGUUGCUACAAUAUCAGGAAUAUUAUUUUUCUAUAGAAUGAUGUAAUGUCUCAUUAGCAGGAAAUCCUUUUAGACACAAUUUAGACCUCUGAAUAGGAAAUGCAAGCAGGUCUAGUUACAUCCUCAGAUAAAUACGUUUUUCACUUUUUCCCAUAACUGUUUGUUUCCUAAUCCUUGAGGAGAAUGCUAGGAAGCAUAGGUUGUUCCCAGUAUCAGCAGAAUCACCAGGAAGUGGGAUGAAAGUUGGUUAUAGUUUUGUGGCCUUUUAAUUCAUUUAGCCAUUACAUUCAGCUGCAUAGUUGUCUGUCUGUCUUUCUACCAACUUCAGUCUUGUACAUAGGACUGCUACGAGUUUAUCUUUUACCCAUACCCUGCUUUUUAGUCCUCAUCAAUCACAGUCAUUAGUCAGGGCUUUUAAAAUACUGGUAAUUACUGCUGUGAAAAAAAUGUUACUCAUAGUUCCUGGUAUCCCCUUCUGAGAAGUUUUCUCCUGGGUUUUUUGGUGUAAAGACACACUACAUUGUUUAGCUAGCAAACCUUCUUGUGGACGUAUUGCCCUUGAAGUCUGCUUGAUCUAAGGGACUGUAUCACUAAAACAUCAGUCUAUUUUACUGGUUAUCAAAGUGGAAUGUGAAGGAUGUGUAACUGAGGGUGCUGCUUUUUUCAUUAAUUGUAUCCUCACCUGCAUGAAGACCCCAUGAUUAUUAAUCAAGUAUUGAUCAUGUAGAAAAAUGCACAACACACUCCUGUAUAUUUUGCUAUGGCCCACGUGCAGUGGUGAUGUUUUGCGUGUAUAUUUAAUCUCAUGCUUCCAUGUAUUAUACAUUUAGUAAUCAAAGAUUUGUGACCAUGUUUCAUUAAAAGCUUGUAAUUAAUUCAGUGGCUGGCAUAUCCAGUUUGUCAUUGUCACACUAGUGUGCCUUCUGUGCCAAUUUUAUGACAGUUGGAUGUCACUUAUUUAAAAUUUGGUUUAAAUGGGCUAAUGAUAUACCAGUGGCUAAUGUUCUUUUCUGAAACACUGUAUAGGACGUGCACUUAUCUUUAGUUUAAACUGAGUGUUCUAGUCAACAUUUAAUCCUGUUAUGUUAAGUGUUCGACAGUACUUGCUCUUUUUCUCAGAUUAUUGAUAAAGGGGCUCAGUUAGAGCUGGACACUACUGCUUUGGGGGUUUUCUGGUUUUUACUUUUUUAAUGUAAGUCUAAGUCUUUGUAAUUAUUGAAUUGUGAGAACAUUUUUGAACAAUUUACCUGUCAAUAAAGCAGAAGAGGGAGGUUUUAAAGUU